CAGAUUUACUUUAAGAAACUCUGCUCUUCUAAGACAACUCUGUUUGCUUGCAGUCUUAAUCUAGUUUAUCUCGAAGAUGACACCGUAAAACGUGCUAAACUACAAAACAUGCGCCCAUUCAUUGUAAAUUUAACCUUAUUCUUCCUUGGUGACUCUUUUGAUUCAUAAACUCAAAUUAUAUUUAAAAUUCUUUAUAAAACUUUUAUUAUAAAUCUGCAUCAUCAAAUUCAUAAAUUGAUGAGAAAUCAUUAAAUUAUCAGACAACUACCAAAAAAACUGUUACCUAGAAUACCCCAGGAUAGAAUGCCCAUGGAAAUCGGGGGCGAGCGGGACAACCAGGGCAUUUUGAAUGAGAGGGGCGGGGGUGAGUGGCAAGGAUACAGCUUCAAAUAUGCCAACUUUGGAACUGCAAACUCUACCAUGUCUAGAGUAUUUCAACUUCUGUCGCAUUACAAGCACCUUAUCCUAGUGGUUACAAUCUUCCUCCUCAUCUUUAUCGGCUUCGUCGUAGACUUCUCACACGACAGUCGGCUAUCUGCCCUGGAGGGUGGAAUGAGCAGCAGUGACUAUGGGGAGGGAUGGGACUAUGACUACAGCAUAGAGAGUGACGUCAUGGUCAACAUUGACGUCAUUGGACGGUACAACAAGCACUGCAGUACCUUCUUCUGUCCGGAAGCAGAGUACUGCUACUGUCUGUCCAAAGACGCCUCCAACUUCCAUGCGGCCAACCAGACCUGUGUGGAGGUACUAGCAGGACAACUGGCCCAGUUCAAGGACGCCGACCAGGAGAGAGAGGUCACAUACAGAAUGUGGAGGAAAAACGACCUGAGGUGGGGGUGGGGCAAGAGAAAACAAGUGUUCUGGAUUGGAGCCACCAAAACAAAGGAACAAAAAGAACCCCAAUGGUUGAACUGCACUGAGUGUGAGAAGAUGUCGGAGCUGGACUCGCACGACAAGAAGACGGCGGAGGUGACUCACGGGGAGGACCACUCGUGUCUGAUGAUGACAGACGGGGUGCUGCAGCAGUACCCCUGCAUCUCACCCCGACUGAGGAACCACGAGAAGAAGUACCUUCUGGAGGAUAAGGAGAAAAGCCCCUACUGGUUCGACAAGGAGGUGUUGUCGGAGGUGUAUGGACUGAAUGCCCUGUGUGAGUGUCCAUACAAACCAGACGCAGAAUCCAUUCCAUCCAUGACCACCCCAUUCAGUCGGUAUGGAAGUUGGUACGUGCUGUCCAAAUUCAAGUUUCUGGAUCAAGCCUCAGCGGCCAAAAACUGCAGCGCCACUUCGAAGAACUGCUACCUGGUCUCUUUUGAGAGUGUAUCUGAGCAGAGAUCGGUGGCUCAGCUGGGCUUCUUCAAGAAGUACAAUGACGUCAUGGCCUGGAUAGGGGGCAAAACGCUGGACGGGGGGUCAGAGUACAAGUGGGAGAAAUAUGCUUGCACCAAUCAGGACCUGGACUUUGGGACCCAGAUGGACCAGGGCACCAAGUGCUACUCUCUGGGAUCCUCAGUGACGUCCAAGUGGUACUGGCAGGAGACGAUUCAUCCUAGGGACUGCAUGGACUUCCAGUCCUCUGUCUGUCAGAUCAAAACACACGCACUCAAAGCGGCAAAGGCAGCUGAGGACAAACAGAUAUCACUCGCUUUAAUUCAACAUCUCAGUUCGACCUGCAACGCCCUCGACUGCAUAACAAACAAACACUGCUACUGCGACUUGUCUGAAAGAGCCAACCGGAACUGGAAAGAAGCGAUGGUAAGAUGCGGAACUGAAGACAUGAACAUGGUUGUCAUCAACGACCAAACCGAACUAGAGUUCCUAACGAAAAACGACGACAUCUCCAUUCGUGGGUACAUAGCCGCACACGACUUCUAUGGCGACGGGAAAUUGACUUGGGUUGACGAGGACGGAGACACGAAUGAGGCUACAGUCGCGGACAGUUUGGUUAUUUCGAACUUCACUGCACAAAGUGGCUGUGUUAACUUGAAGCGAGGCAGUCCCCCUUUUGUGUUGCAGAACUGUGACAUACCCGGCGAUGCACUUUGUGAGUUUGACGUUGAAGAUUUCAGCGCCAAGUGGCAAAAAAAGCAAGAUUAUGAAGACGAAGACGAGGAAUGAAAAUGGUUUUCAGACUUUAAGACAUCAGCUAUAUUGUAACCCCUGUGAAUAAAUAGAUUUGACAAUAUUCCGAGAGUACUUCUGUUAUUUUACCACUUUCUGCAUUUUUAUAAAAAUAGCUAUAUUGGGUACAAAAUUGUAAUGAACAAUAGA